AUGGCUGGCACUCUAAGCACGUUGGACAUUUCCAACUUGGGAAGUUCAGAAGAGCGUAUCGCAGCUAGAAGGGCACGGGCUGAAGCCAAGCUUAAGGCAGACAAAGAAGAGGCUGAAGGCAAGAAGACAAAGAAGGAUGAUGCAGCUGAACAGGUGUCCUUAGGCAAAGAGCAAUACGGCAAGUCCGUCGCAGAGCUCGAGCGGUUCCGGACCGAGACGUGGGAUGAGCUGACGAGCAUCCUAGUGCGUUUUGAUGACCAGGAGAACCAACGUCGCAUCGUGGAAGAGAACAACCGCUUAGACCGCUACGAAGCUUUGCAGAUUGAAGCUGUGACCAGCGGCAGGAAGAAUGCAGCCAUCGAAAUGAAGUGGGCUGACUUACUGAACAUGGACAUCCCACAGGAGCUCAAUGACCAACUUCAGUUUCAGAAGAGUGCUUGCAGACAGAUCAUAGAGUCCAAGGAUCGGCGCAUUGAGGACUUCAAGACAGAACUGAAAAACAAAGAUGAAGAGUACAUCAAGAUGCUGAAGCAGCAGAGGUUGGAUAUUACAACUUUGAUCUCCAAGAUGCGGGAACAAUACCACUCACUAAGGCAACACUACGAACAGCAGCUAGAAGACAUUGAGCAAGCCUUCGAAGAAGAAAGGAAAGAAAUGCUUCAGAAGAAUAAGGCAGAGAUUGAGGCACUCUUUGAGAUGCGCCAGCUGAUGGAACAACAAGAAUUCCUCGAACGGCGGCAGGAGAGGGAACGUGGCUUCCAACAGCAGAUUGAAGAGCUCCGCACAGACAAUGCUGAUGGCUACAACAAGUGCAAAAUUGCUCUAGAGAAGGGCAUCCAGGAGCUGGAGCAGCACUUGGAAAAAAAUGCUGGCCACGAGAAGCUGGAGUACAACUUGCAGGUCCUCUCUGAGAGAAACAAGGAGCACACAGCAAUCCAAUCUUCAUACAAGAAUCGGCUGAACCGUCUCCGGGAGACCCUGAACACCCUGAUGAGUCGAUACAACACUCUCGACCAGAAGUACAAGACCCACAACCACGAGCUGACGGAAGAGUACAAGCGGGUGACAAAGCAGUUCAAGGAUUUGCAAGAGAAGUUUCAACACUUUGAGCAGGCCGAUGAGAAGAAGUUCCGGGAAGUGUGGGAGAUGAAUGAGGCAGAAGUACGUGGCCUUAUGACAAAGGUGCUUGAAGCAGAUCGGCUCCUGCACGAACAGCAGCUAGGCCAUGAGUGGGUCCCUCCAAAGGAGGAGCUGUUGCAACAGGAGCUGGACACUUUUUCUGAGUCUGGCACCACAACCGGUAAGAGCACAGCAUUGGAGUCUGCAGAUAUGGGACAAUCUGAUUCCGGCAAAUUCUCAGCGACCAAAGUGAAGAAGGUCUUGGAUCUCAUUAAGGAUGAGACUCAGUUCUUGCUUGACAUGAAGGUCCGUGACCAAUUGGCUGAACUUCCGCCAGAGCAGAGGGAUGUGCUGCAGAUUGAUGCCUUGCUUCGAUACAUUGGGGUGGAAGGUCAGCAGGAUGUAGAUCUUUUGGUGCAGGUCUUCUACAAUGGGCAGGAAGAAGACGAUGAAGCGCUCAUGGUGGAACCAGAUGAUGUGCUACAACAUUUGAAGAACUUCAUCCAGGAGAAGGAAAAUGCACGAAUUGCUGACGUAGCCCCCGACAAGAAGAAGAAGGCGCGCACACAACAGCUUGGUAGCGAGAGCGAGGCAGACCGGAAGGCUCGACGACGACGUGAGGAGCGCAAGUUCUGGGAGCGUAUGGGCCAUGUGAUCCCUGACAUGAACUUCCGUGUUUGGAAGGCACUGGACGUCUUCCUGAAGCGCUACUAUGAGCUCUUGCAGCGCCGCAGCAAAACCAUCGACUCCGCAGUGGCCAUGCAAAAGCAAAACGAAGAGUUGAAAGCUUUGUUGGACCAAUACCUCGGCUCCAAGGUCAAUGAAGAACUUCAAGUGCCACCAACACACGUCAUCACAGUGGUCUCCCAGCCAUGA